GUAAUGACUCUACUAUGCUCUGUUGCAGAUAACAACUGUUUGAGGAGGACCUCAGCUGACCAUGGAUGAAGGCGAGGUGAACAGCUGUGAUGAGGGCCAUGGUGACGCCUACGUGAAACUGAUCUCUUCAGACGGCCGCGCACAUACUGUGAAGAGAGAAGAAGCGGAGAUCUCUGUAACGUUAGAAGAGGAGAAGGAGAUGAAGGAGGAGGAGGAGGAGGAGAUGAAGGAGGUGGAGGAGGAAGAAGACCAAGAGGAGGUGGAGGAGGAGGAUGGAGGAACAAGCGCUUCAGAGGUCUCUGAAAAGGAUGGUGGAUUGAGUGCUUCAGAAGACAGUGAAGUGGAACCUCAGCCACAUGUCCCUACUUGUACAGCGGACUCACCAGAGCAACAUGCACAUUCAGACCACAAUGCAGAAGAUCACAAGCAACUGGAGGACAAACCUCCACAGGCUGAAAAGGCCAAGGAGACCAAGGAGAGCAAGCCAAAGGAGUGCAAGCCAAAGGGGGAAAGGCCUCACCAGUGCAAGAUCUGUAGCAAAGCCUUCCACAAGAGAUACGAGCUGGAAACACACACACGUCGUCAUCUGGGCGUGAAACCCUUCCUGUGUGGUGUAUGCCCGAUGGCCUUCGCCGCCAAGAGAGACGCGCAGUUGCACCAGAUGACGCACAUCGACUCCCGGCCGCACGUGUGUGCCAUCUGUGGCCAGGCCUUCACGCUGAGGAAGAACCUCAACACGCACCAGAGGAGGCACACGGGGGAGACACCAUAUGAGUGCACCACAUGCGGGAAAACCUUCUCCAGGCAGAGCACGCUGCGUAAACACCAGCGGACCCAUACAGGGGAAAAACCGUACCAGUGCACCGAGUGUGGCAAAGCCUUCAGCCAAUCAGCACACCUGAAGGCCCACCAGCGGAAUCACACCGGGGAGAAGCCAUACCACUGUGACGUCUGCGGCAACGACUUCAAGACACUCAGCACCUUCAGGUCCCACCAGAGAUCUCAUACAGGAGAGAGGCCUCAUGAGUGCCCUGACUGUGGCAAGGCCUUUGGGCAGCGCAGCGACUUGAGGAAGCACCAGCUGAUCCACUCGGGAGAGAGACCUCACCAGUGCUCCAUAUGCGGCAAGGCCUUCAGGCUCUCGGGAGCCUACCGGGCCCACCAAAUUACACACACCGGGAAGCUGCACGACUGUAGCUUUUGCGGAAAGACGUUCGCGUUCAAGUUUCAACUGGUGAAGCAUCAGAAGACUCACUCUGAGGACGUCAAGACAUGAGUGCAGUGCACCUGAGGAAAGACAACAGUUAACGCCCCAACACAGUCUGGCCCUUAUGGGGUGAACUAAUAGAACCAACCUUAACCUUUAACACAGCACAACACUUUUUAAAAGUCAGCCCAACCUGUGGGAAGUAAGACAAGAGAGUAAUAAGACAUAAUAUACAAACAAAACGCAGGCUGGAGAGGCAGCAUUCACAAGUCUCAGUAAGGGAGCCGCCAAUGGGAAUCCUCUUCUUGCUACCUUUAUCCUGGGCUUGAUUGCUGUGUUAGGUGCCUCCAAUUUGGCCACUCCCAUGACUGUCUGUCGCAGCCAAUUAACGAGAGUGGAGGCAGGAGAGUGACGGGCAUAGAAACCGCGCACACAUGCAGCCAUAACAAAACGCAUGACUCUGGUCUGUGUGAGUUCUUUCCAGCAUCCCAACUCCAGUCCUCCCUGAGUGCUCGUGGUCUCGUGGUAUGAUGUCAGAAGAAGUCAUUGACGAGAGGAGUUUAAGUGGAUGUCUCAAAAAAACACGUAAUUGAAAGGUCAUUUUUCGAAUUUGCUAUUCGGAAUGGUGAGUGGGGAAAAGUUCCACAAAUGUUGCUGUGGCAAGGCUAACAGUAAGCAAACUUUAUUGUUUUCUCCACGGUCGGUGGCGGAGCGCCACGUGUAGCGCGAGGCCACAAGCACAGGUGGAGGACAGGAGUCAGGAUAUUGGAAAGCACUGGUAUGUAGCUGAAGUUUCAGCUCGGUGGUUUCAAUGUGGGUUGUGAUGGGUAAGCAGUUAGGGCGUCAGAAUUGUAGCCCUAAGGUUGCUGAUUCGAUGCCCGACCUGCCUGGUUGGUGAGGGGGACUGAGCAUGGUACCGUCCUGUCGCACUGCUUCCUUAGAGUGCUGUUUGGGGCUGCCCCUUUACACGGUUAAGGCAUACAUGCAAUUUCGUUGAGCACGUAGACUCCUAUGUGCUGUAAAGUGCUGUGUCACACGUGACGACAUGAUGG